AUGUCGCAAGACACGGGCUUGUUCAGCAUCAAGCGACCUCGCGAGACGCUGGCAAGCGUACAGAACUUCUCCGCCUUGCCUCAGCCAUCAUCCGCGCUGAAACGCACAAGUAUGAUUGGCAGUCACCAGAAUCCUCCAUAUACUUCUCAACACUCACGCUCAACGUCACUUUUCAAUUCACAUGGCCGACCUCACCAACCAAAUUUCCAGCGCUCAUCCUCAGGGGCCAGCUUUGGACCUGAGGCUGGUCUCUCAACCGUCAGACGAUCUGUUUCUAACAACCUCUUUCAAAACACUGCUGUUGGACGACUCAGCUAUGCGCCCAAUUCGUUCCCAACGAAUAGCGCUUCACAGCAGAAUCUGCAACGAAGGAGCAGCGUCUUUUCGCGGCCAUCUAUGGCCGGGGGGCCCAUGGCACAUCAAUCAUUCUUCACUCAGGGACCUGUUCCUGCUGGAGCUCCAAAAGAUCCGCGGCCGCUCAGAGAUCGAUCAUUUCAAGCACGAAUUGGCCAAGAACUCUUAGAGUACUUGACACACAAUAAUUUUGAGCUGGAAAUGAAGCACUCCUUGGGCCAGAACUCGCUGAAAUCACCAACGCAAAAAGAUUUCACUAACAUCUUCCAGUGGCUAUACCGCCGAAUUGAUCCAAGCUACAAGUUCCAAAAGAGCAUUGAGGCCGAGGUGCCUCCUAUUUUGAAACAACUACGCUAUCCGUACGAAAAAAACAUAACUAAAUCUCAAAUCGCGGCAGUUGGUGGUCAGAAUUGGUCGACUUUCUUAGGAAUGCUUCAUUGGAUGAUGCAACUUGCGCAAAUGUUGGACCAUUACUCCGUUGGCGAGUACGAUGAGGCGUGCGCUGCAGCUGGUGUGGAUAUUUCAGGAGAUCGAAUCAUCUUCCGAUUUCUUACCGGGGCCUACCAUGACUGGUUGCAGGGAGGCGAAGAUGAAGAUGAUGAUGUGGCUGAGAAACGGCUGGUUCCGCAUGUCGAAGCGAUGGCAGCUGAAUUUGAACAGUCGAAUGAGAAAUAUGUCCGAGAAUUGGAGGUGUUGGAGGCGGAAAAUCGUGCGCUCCGAGACCAGUUGGAAGAUUUGGAAAAAAAUGCGCCGGAUAUGGCGAAGUUGGAUAAAGAUUUCCGGAUUCUUGAAGACGACAAACGCAAAUUUGAAGAUUACAACUCGAAUGUGCAAGGCAAAAUUGACAAGUACAAAAGUCGCAUCCAAUUUCUUGAAGAAGAGCUCAAGAAAACCGAAGACGAGCUUCAAACAGCGGAAGAAGAGCGCGGAAGUCUGCAGGCUAGUGUUGAUAGCCAGGGGAUUACGAUCCAGGAUAUCGAUCGCAUGAACACUGAGCGGGAGCGCUUACAGCGAAGUCUUGAAGACACUGUGGGCCGACUCGAGGAAGCACACGCACGUGUGAUGGAGAAAGAAACCGAAGCAAAUCAAAAACUCGAAGACCUAGAGCAAGUUGUGAAAGCUUACAACACGCUAGGCUACCAGAAUAGUCUAAUUCCAGAAUCUGCCAUUAAUGCUAACGGCGAGGACUACGAAAUUCGACUGAAUGUGAACGAAGCAAGCUUCUCUUCCUCACAAAUGGGUGUCUCACAGGAUCAAGGCUCUCCCGAAGGCUAUCGUCUUCUUGCGGAUGCAAACAACGGCUAUCAGCCAGUUCAUUUAGUGAAGCUUGACCUUCGUGGAGUUGUUCGUGCAAACUUGAUAUCUCUUCGGAAAGAGAUCAACGAGCGAAGGAAGAAGGUCGCGGAGAAGGAUAUGGCGGACCGUGACCUGCUCAAUGACAUCAAGGAGGCCAUGGACGAGAAACGUAGCGAAAUCGAAGCACUUGAACACCGGAGACGCGCUGCCGAAGAAGAAUUCGAGCGUACCAAGGAGAUAACAACCACACAAAAGGUUCAGUCAGAUGCUCAAAUCGAGAAAAUGGAAAAGGAGCUAGCGAAGAUGCGCGCGUCACUUAUUGAAAGCGUUCAACUGAUGGAGCAGCGAGAGAUGAACACCGAUGUAGAAUACGAACAACUUACACUCCGCGCCAAUCAACUUCGGGAAGAGCUCCAUACCGGUGUUGAGAGCAUGUUGAACGAUAUAAUUCGAUUCAAAGUUCACGUACAGAAAGGGCUGGAGGAUUACGAGAGCUUUGUGGUUGAAGAGGUCGAACAAGAGCUCGGCGGAGAGAUGCAGUCCAUGGAAGACACGGAACUAGCAGAAGCUCACGCAGCAUAUGACUUUAGCAGUUACGAAAAUUGGUUCUCGUAUCUCGAAAAUCCUUCCGCAUCACUACUUAACGCUCUCGGAUUCCGGGUCAUGAAACUUUGCCUGCGCGCUUACCGUCCUUUCCAGCUGGGCUGCAGGUGUCAUAUAAAUCGCUGUGAUGGAAUCAAUUCGAUAGCCGCUUCUGGGCGGCGCACUGGUCGUCCUUUCCGCAUACCAGAAAUMCCUUCGAGCCGAACUUUUGCAACCAUUGGUGAAAAUCGAAAAACGACCUCGAGGCCAUCCCGUUCGUUUAGACAGGUUUCUGUCGAAAAUCCACAGAAGCGACCAGAACCCAGUGUACAAGACGAUCAGAGUCCGGCAGCAUGGAUACAACAGCUCGAGCCAUACAUACCCCUCGACUUGCGCGACGGAACAACGAGUGAUAAUUUAACGACAAAUUCGACGGAGAAUAAUGAACAUUUUAGUUCCGAUGGCGAAAAAAUUUCGGCUAUCUUAAGCCGUGCGCGUCGAUUACAUCGCCUAGAUUUGCUAGCAUAUCUUGGAUUCACGUUACAAAGAUGGCCGGCCGUCUAUGCGCUGAUUACGACGAUGCUAGAUGCGGCGGACAAGCUACAGAUGAUAGGACAUUCUUUUGAAGGCACGCCAUCCAACCUGCAAUGGGAACUUUUAGACGAUGAUCAGAUUGUCACCGGUAUCAGUAAUAAUUCUGCGGCAUAUGUUUCUAUGGAAGCUCUCACAGAUGAGCCGCGUUACCUUCUAGCAAGAAUGGCCAUCAUGGGACAAAUCUGGCAGAGCUUAGGCUUCAUCGUACUGACCGCUGCAAAUAAGACAUCCCAGGAGUCUGAGCUGGCCAUGUCCUAUGUAUAUCGAACGCUUGCUCAUCUCCACCAGUCCGGUAACAUUUCAGAUGCGAUAUAUAAGUUUACAAAUCGUACCGACAACGGAGAUACUUUCCGACCGCCGGGGAUGCAUUUAUUAUCUACACAUAUCAUGAACGUUCUGUCAGACGCUGCAUGGCUGGACCAUGAAGCGGAAGCGACGAGAAAAGCAAAAGCUGCCGGUGAAGAUUCCCCAUUUCGCCCUUUUAAAAUGGGUAUCCGGCAUUUGGGUUCUCAGAUCUGGCUCGAAUUUAUUCUUUGGGCUUGUAUUGAACAGGGUCAUAUCAUGGAAGGCCUAUGGAUUCUCAAGCAUCUGCGAGGGAGCAAUUAUGCCGCAGCAUGGAAGGUUGCCUCAUGGAGCCCUCUUCUUGAGAAUCCCGAACUGAUCAAGAACACUAAAAUUGACAUCCACGACUUUUGGCCGCAUCCCGAUAUUCCGAGAACACCUGACGAACUUCAAAACAAAUCGGGAUUUUUUCAUGGUUUGGGAAGAUUCACUAUCAGCGCCGAAGUUUUCAAUGCUCUAACGACACAAGCUGCAAGUUAUGUGCAGAUCAAUCACGAAUCCGAUAACAACGCUAAGGAUUUGAUUGAGCUGCUUGCAUCUGUGAUGGAGAUCAAACAGUCAUACAGUGACAAAGAAAUUGGUAACCAAAACGCCAGUGGUUAUCAUAUUAUCCCAGUGUUGGAAUCACAGAUUUUGAAUCCAAAAUUACACCCAGAACAGCUAGACCACCUCUUGCAUGCUUUGCCACCUCCUAUACCUCCUUGGAAUGACGCUGUUCCAACCGAUCGUCAAGGGCUUUCUGCAUUCGCUGAACAGAAUUUAUACGAAACCUCAUCUCUCUACACCGGUCUGCUGCAACAGAACUUGCGACUAUACGCACAUCACCAGCAGAUUGAAAAUGCAAUGAGAAUUUUUGACACUUUGCUUGAAAUCAUUGACUCCAGCAAGUUGGAUCGCAUACAGGAUUUCUGGAGCAAAGGACAGGAUAACGAAGGCGUUUCGGAAAUAUCAUAUAAAGAUGAAUCGCUACCUCAGACCUCUAUUGCUAUCGAUCAAUCCCCGAUCCCAACAUUACCGAAUGGCGCGCUAGGCGAUCUUCUAGACUUGGUCAGGAUAAGCAAAGCUUAUGCUUUUGGCAAAUGGCUUCUUUUCUCCAAGGACGCGGAUGGGCCUAUAAUCACUUUUUCAUCAUACGGUGAUCAAAGCUUGGCCCCGUCCAUUUUACGAUUUGCUGCAGCAAUAGAUAACCAAGAACUUGGUGAUCUUGUCAUCCAGCAAAUACGAGAACCCAUCUCACGUAACACGUAUAAUGCGGUAGCAAAUUUCUACAUUGCCUUUGGGCAAUGGGAAGAAGCUGAGGGUAUUUUCAAACUCUUGAUCGAAUACAGAAAGAAAGCAUGGGGCGAAACUACUCUCGCCACAUUGGCUUCUACCAUCCUGCGUCUCGAACAGCGAGUUUGGGAGGAGCCUUGGGACGAGCAACUACAGACAUCUCUUCUGCAAGCCCAAACAAUGUUGCGCAAGUUUCUUUGGGGUCGUUACAACCCUACGAAGGUGUACAACGAGAGUGUCAAUCUAUACUACAAACAGACCAUAUACCGGUGGCAUUGUCUACUCUCAUCGGUUCCUGGAGCUGUUGCUCGGGUCGCCAACGAUGUGAAACCUGUGUAUACCAAUCCGCUAGGACGGGAUAAAUUCUCGUUCAUUCCGAGUCCAGCAUUCAAUAUCCUACUAAGUGCUGUCGUAGAAACACGCGGCAGCCAAGUUGGAAUGGGCUUGUGGGAAAAGUGGUGCAUAGACAUUGAGCGAUCGCACGCAGCCCGACUCGCCGUAGACGAAAAAUAUCGCUUACAGAUGAGCGCUGAUCCUGCAAAUACGGAAAAUCUCGACAUUGAAUACGACUGGCCAUGGCACUAUGAGCGACAACGCAAAGCCGUUAACCCUAACCUCAAUACACUACGGAUAAUCAGCCGCGCAGCCGUUAUGGAGCUGAAGCAAUCUCAAGAAGUGGCGCCAGACAGAAAAAACAUGACACCUUCGCAGCAACAAUUCAGAGACCAGGUAUACCAUGUUCUUGAUUUCUGUGUUGAUCGUUACCAACGAUUCAAUCGAGACAAGGACGAGAUUGGCCGAGAGACGGGUGGCCAUUUGAGACGAAUCAGGAUGUGGCAGUCAAGGAAGAGGAGGAACAUCGUUCGAUGGGUCUACGGAGACCUCGGCGAGGACGAUACUGGUGGCGUUGAAGAGUUGUUGGCAAAGACAGGAAAUGAAGAGAAAGACGGGGUCUAUUGA